AUGUCCCAGCUUAAUUCCUUCAAGGCUGUAGAAGAUUCCUUUCAGCAACCAAAUGGUAAUGCUUCAGUCGACUUCAUGUCCCAGCUUAAUUCCUUCAAGGCUGUAGAAGAUUCCUUUCAGCAACCAAAUGGCAAUGCUUCAGUCGACUUCAUGUCCCAGCUUAAUUCCUUCAAGGCUGUAGAAGAUUCCUUUCAGCAACCAAAUGGUAAUGCUUCAGUCGACUUCAUGUCCCAGCUUAAUUCCUUCAAGGCUGUAGAAGUUUCCUUUCAGCAACCAAAUGGUAAUGCUUCAGUCGACUUCAUGUCCCAGCUUAAUUCCUUCAAGGCUGUAGAAGAUUCCUUUCAGCAACCAAAUGGUAAUGCUUCAGUCGACUUCAUGUCCCAGCUUAAUUCCUUCAAGGCUGUAGAAGAUUCCUUUCAGCAACCAAGUGGUAAUGCUUCAGAGACGACUUCAUAUCCCAGCUUAAUUCCUUCAAGGCUGUAG